UAUUUCUUCUCCCGCAAAACAAAUCAUGCAAAAAUAUAUCUCAGAGGCUUGAACGUCGUUCUUCAUCCGCCAGGAGGUUUACUUUCUUAAAAUGGGAGAUAUCAUGGACGAGAAGUUGGGAUAUAUUGUAAUGGCCGACUUACAGACUCUCUUUGGAACUUUGAGAGGUUACACGAGUGAGGUGCUUCACAAGUUCUCUGGUCGUCCCAAGGGUCUGAUGGAACCCGAUUAUACUCGAGCCGGUUUGGACGCUAUGAUUCUCUGUGUCGAUAAUCAUUUUAGGAAAACUGCUGAGCUCGCCACACACUACUUCAUCGAUCCUUCAACAAUGGAGCCUAAUGUGGAUGGGCUGAUUCUGGUUGGUCCAGUGGAGCUUGAGUCUACAUUUACUGAGUCAGAUAUGUUUCAUCCCAAGCUUGCCAAAAUUGUGAAUGAGGUGAGAGUACUAUGUGGUGGAGAAGUCGGUUUCAAUCAUGCUAUCCAUGUGACAUCUAAAGUCCUGGCUAGAGACAGGCGUUUUAUUGUCAAGUUGUUUGACGAGAUAUCCCAGGAUACUGGCAAGUCUGUAUAUGGCCUGGAUGAAACGUUGAAGGCCCUCGAGUCCAACUCUGGUGCUGCUGUCGACACACUUGUCGUUUGGGAAAAUCUUGAUAUCAACAGAUAUGUGAUGAAGAACCGUGAAACGGGCGAAACUGUGAUAAAACACCUGAGCAAGGAACAGGAAGGCAACAAAGAGAACUUCAACAGUGGAUUCAAUGUGGAGGAGAAAAUGUCGCUUGUGGAUUGGCUGAGUAAUGAAUACAGACGUUUUGGUUGCGCCCUAGAAUUUGUCAACAACAAAACACGUGAAGGUCGCCAGUUUUGCAAAGGGCUUGAAGGGAUCGGAGCGAUACUUCGUUACCCGCUUGACCUGAGUGCCAUUGAUCCUGAGGAUGGAGAGCCUAUACCAUAAUCUACCAGCUUGAGCUUAUUAUGCCAGACUAACAACUUAUCUCUCGUGUGUUGAUGCUUGUUUUGUAUCUUUCAGGAUGCUGCUAUGAAAUCUUUGUCAAAGCUGCCAUGAGAAAAGAAGGUCUCUCUGACUGCAGGAAAAGGCUCAUGAGUCUUACUUGUCUUUUUUUGUAUGCCUUUUUUUUUUUUUCUUUCUUUCUCUUUAUACAUUCUAUGUCUUUCUAAUAAUCUCACAAUAAUGUUUUGUUUACUCAACGAAAAUGGCAUCUAAUAAAGUAGACAAAAAGAAAAAGACACUGUCCAGGGAAACCAAACUCUGUUUUCUUCUGUUCUUUUCUGCCGUUUUGUGGAAUCUCUCUCUGCUUUUCCUUCUUUUUAAAAAUUCCUUAGCUUUCAUUUACUUGUACUUUGUUUUUAUAGAAAAUUCAUACUUGUAUUU